AUAGGAGAGAUGACGCCCAACAAGCUGUUUCAAAUCGUAUAAGAUCAAAGAUGCUCAGGUUUUGUGCUCAUUAAGUCUGAUCGAUAAUCUCCAGGUGGACCUUGUGUGGAUGAUCAGCCGCUAAGGGAUUCCAAUAGAAACCGUACACUGUCGAAGUCAGUGUGUUAGAGUUGAGACUAUCUCACCGGGCCCAGCCUUUUCGUUAUCACUCGAUCGAGUCCCAUAAGAGACCCUGACUCCUGACCAUUGCUGAUAUCGUCGUCUUUGCUUUGAAUUUCUCUCUGUGUUCUGUUAAAACAUCUGUUGAACCCAUCUGAUCACUUUCUGAUACGAAGUAUAUGUCGAUUUACGCAUCCACUCCACGCUGAUUUACAGAGGAGAACCCCACCGCAGAUCGUUCCGAGGCUACCCCGGGGGAACGGCAGAAAACGCAAAUUUUGAGAAACACAGUGAAAAUCCAGCAGCCUCGUCCAAAUCCAUGUCCAGGUCAUUUAAUGGGUGUAAACGGUGCAAAGCCAGACGACAGAAAUGUGACGAACAGCGACCUGGCUGCGGUCGUUGUCAAGCGGCCGGGGUGCAGUGUCGAUAUGCGAUGCAGCUACAGUGGGGAGGACGGACUUUUUCGCGGUCGAGGUUAGGGGCCUGUAUGAGCAACGGAGGGUUGCAGAAGCUUGAAUAUUCCCCUGGCGAAUUUAUCUACACAACUACAUCCCCCUCCGCUACGUCGAGUACAGCGCUCUCUCCACGUGUUGACCCUUUCGUCUCUCUGUCUCCUGAUCAAAAGUCGUUGCUUCAUCAUUUCAUCCAGGAUGCGUCGCAAAUCACGGCAUGCCACUCGAGCAUGCAAAAGGAUAUCUGCAAAAUGCUCGUCCCGAUGGCCCUCCAGACCCCAUCGUUAUUAUAUGCAACAAUGGCGCUGUCAGCCAUCCACCUACAAGCAGUAAACAAUCAGUCAGAGAAUGUCAAGUCCGCCCCGCAUAUUGCCCGGUUAAUGGCUCUCAGCCUCGAACACUUCCGGAAGGAACUACAAACCCCAAGCACCAAGGGGUCGGAUGCGCUGCUCGCAACGGCACGCACGCUCUGUUUAGCGGAGAUCCAUUCCGGAGCAAUCCAUCCGAACUCGUGGCGAGCCCAUGUUGAGGGCGCAAAGGCUCUUAUGCUUGCUACAAAUCGCAAGGGGAGUGAAUCACCGGGUUCGUCGCAGGGUUUCCGUCGGUACUUGGACCGGUGGUACCAGUCGAUUGUGUCCCUGACAGCACUGACGGGGAACGGGCCGCCCAUCGAAGAGGCUAUGGAACAGUCAGCCUCGGAGACCAUCCACCAACAAGACGCGCCGGACUAUCUGGACGACUACUGGGGCUUCACAGUAAACCUGUCGGCCAUCUUCCGUGCAAUCGGGGCGGCAGCCUGGCGGAGUCAGCACGACACACACCGACCAGGGUUGAUGUCAGACGGCACCGAUGCAGCCAGUGCCCAGGAGGCGGCCGUCCUCGAGUCCUCUGUGCGGACGCUCAUGGCCCGGGACGCAAGUUCGCAGCCUACAUUCUACCCAGGCGUCGCUGAGGGCCUCUCGGCCGAAUGCGUGCGGGAAUUCAUGCUCUGCAACGAGGCGUUCCAGCACAGUGCGCUCAUCCAAAUCAACCGACGACUCCGUAGACUGCCCGCCUCCGCGCCCCUCGUACAGCACUCCGUCAAGCGGAUUCUGGAGUGCACGGCGCAGAUUGGGCCGUCUACGGGGCUGAGUCCGUGGACGAUGCUCACAACCCCGCUGUUCAUUGCGGGCUGUGAGGCGCAGGGUGAGGAUCGCGAGAGGGUCCGGCAGUUGCUUUCGUUGCUGCAUGAUACCAUCCGUGUGCCGAACGUGCUUCAGUCUUUGAAAUUCCUGGAUCAGUACUGGGCUAACCAGUUGAAUGAGGAUGAGGGCUGGAGUCAAUAUCUAGGUAAGUUGCUCCUUUCUUGAUAUGUGAGUCGAGCUAACAAAGUCCAGAUCGAAUGAGAUUCGAUUUCAUCCCGUAUUGACACGAAAUGUGUAUAGGCAUGCGUUUUAUGACAAGCGAGAAGUGAGCGUUUUCAGUGUUUUGUUUUUUGCAUUAUGUACAGAACGUCUUAGGCGUCUUGCCUCAGACGACAGUCUUUUGAGAAGUUCAGAUAUCCCGGCGUUGGUGGGUGUGCUUCAGUUAUAUCUUGUGGAUUGAAAUGAUAUGUAUUCUACUCAUAUACCUUCAUAACCAUUUGAUGGAUUUUAACAAACUGUGUACCUCUUCA